AUGGCGCCACGUAAGAAGACCGACAAGCCUGAGAAGGAGGAGAAAGCAACUGGUGCUGAGGGCUCAGACAUGAUUCUGCGCUACCUGCGCAAAACAAACAGACCAUACUCGGCCAUUGAAGUGUCAACUAAUCUGUACAACAAGGUCACCAAAGCCGCCACCGCAAAGCUCCUCAAAGACCUCCACGAGCAAAAACUAAUCGAAGGCCGCGCAUCCGGUACGAUGACCCCAUUCACACACCCCACUCAGCUAACAAACCCAGGCAAGCAAAUUGUCUACCACGCCCUGCAAAACCCAACCGACGCUAUCUCCCCCGACCAACUCGCAGACUACGACGCCCGCACCGCAGCCCUUACCGCCCAGACCACCGACCUCCACUCCCGCACCAAGACACUGCGCACCGCCCUCGCCGCCCUUAGCGCGCCGCGCGCCGCAGACCUGCUCUCGCGCGUUGCAGCGCUGGAGCGCGAGAAAGAAGAGCUUGGGGGCAGACUGGAGGCGUUGCGGGCGGGCCGCGGAGUGCAGGUUUCGGCGGAGGAGCGGGAGCGGGUGGGGCGCGAGUGGAGGGCCGUCAAGGGUGUGAGUGGCAGGCGGGAGAGGAUUGCGAGGGAGUUUUGGGGGAUGGUUGAGGAGGGGACUGAGGGGGAGGAGAGGGAGGCGUUGAGGGAGGCGUGGGGGCUGGAUGAGUAG